AUGGUUGCCAUUUCUACUCUGGGGCUUGCAGGUCUCUUGAUUGGUCUCGUAUGGAGAUUCAUCAUCUAUCCUGCAUUUAUCUCACCUUUGGCAAAGAUUCCAAAUGCACACUGGUCUUCUCCAUUUUCUUCUACCUGGAUUCUGUUUCAGCGAUUUCGAUGUCGGGAAAAUAGGACAGUUCAUGCGCUACACAGACAACUAGGUCCCUUAAUUCGACUAGGUCCAAAUGAGCUCUCUACUAAUGAUGUAGAGGGCAUUCGAACUGUAUAUGGAGGUGGGUUUGAAAAGGGGAAGUGGUAUUCUUUCUUUGAUAACUUUGGUAUCCCAUGUAUGUUUUCAACGCUCCCCUCAAAGAAUCAUUCUUCUCGAAAGAGGAUGAUUUCGAAUACCUACUCAAAGUCUACAUUACUAUCGUCACCUGCCUUGGCUGAACAAGCAAGAGUCAUUCUCUAUGAACGUCUUCUACCUACCGUCUCAAGCUUGGCCUCGUCUUCAAGUCCUCAUGGAGUCGAUGUUUACGAUUUAUUCAAUGGCACUACUAUGGACUUUGUCUCUUCAUACCUAUUUGGACUCAAGAAUAGUGCCAACUUUAUCAAAGAUGUCUCAUAUAGAAGGCAUUGGAUGAGACUGUACCAGAAACGCCAUCGUUAUACUUUCUAUUCACAAGAGCUUCCCCGCCUUACUCGAUUCAUCAAUACUUAUAUCUAUCGUAUCGUUCCCACAUUUGUCGAUUCCGCCAAUGAAGAAUUAGAAGAAUGGUGUCAACAUCGGUGCGAAGCUACCGCCAAAUUUCUCAAGGAGGGCGGAACAUGGGAUACGGAACCUGGCAAUGAGCCGGUAGUGUACAAUGCGAUGGUAUCUGGAAUUGAAAAAGAAAGUAAAAUGCGUGGUGCGGACUCCGUUCUCAAGGAGGAAACACUCAGGUUUCCAGAUCGUAGUAUAUACAGUGAGAUGAUCGAUCAUCUUGCUGCUGGCCACGAAACCGCAGGCAUAACGGUUACAUAUUUAGCAUGGCACUUAUCCAUCGAUCCCAUGCUUCAGAAAUCUUUAAGAGAGGAACUCCUGACUCUUUCACCCAGCAUGCUUUUCUCGCCCACAUCUGCAUCAUCCAAAACACCAACGAUCCCCGAUCGUAAAGAACUCGAUACUCUUCCCAUCCUUCACGCAGUCCUAAUGGAAACUCUUCGUCUCCGCGCUGCUAUUCCUGGUGGUCUUCCCCGAAUGACUCCAUAUCCUAGUUGCGAUAUUGGCGCCUACAAGAAUAUUCCUGGUGGUGUUAGAAUCGGUGCGCAAGCUCACAGUGUCCAUCGAAACGAACAGAUUUUCCCAGAGCCCGAGAGAUUCGACUAUAUGCGAUGGAUGGAGGGAAAUGGUAUGACUGACGAGCAGAAACGUGAAAGGGAUAGGACAUUUUGGGCUUUUAGUAGUGGAGGAAGAAUGUGUAUUGGGAGCAAUUUUGCUAUGCUUGAAAUCAAAUUAAUAGUAGCAGCCAUCUACACCAAUUUCAGCACUUUGGUCAUAAAUGACGAUGGCGUUGAUCAGAUGGAUGGAUACACCUGCGGACCAUCUGCUGGUAAACUUCAUCUUCAAUUCGAGCACGCACCUGCUCCAUCAGUCGUUGAGAAUUGA